GCCCAGGGAUGGAGGGAGAAACUGUCCAGAGAAGCCAGGGGAGAAACUGUCCAGAGAAGCCAGGGGAGAAACUGUCCAGAGAAGCCAGGGGAGAAACUGUCCAGAGAAGCCAGGGGAGAAACUGUCCAGAGAAGCCAGGGGAGAAACUGUCCAGAGAAGCCAGGGGAGAAACUGUCCAGAGAAGCCAGGGGAGAAACUGUCCAGAGAAGCCAGGGGAGAAACUGUCCAGAGAAGCCAGGGGAGAAACUGUCCAGAGAAGCCAGGGGACCGCAACCUGAGUUCCAGGAGGAGCCAGCCAGACAGUAACACCACAUCUCACUAGGGCAGAGCAGGUAAUUUGAGGAGGGAGCCGAAGAACAAAGACUAGAUGGAAAUAAGGGGAGAUUGAGGUCUGGGGUGAUUAUGUACAUAGGAAUGAAGUAAGCGAACCCUGAAGGAGAUGGGGAGAAAUAGGGCAACAGGAAGUGGCGAGGAAGAGUGAGGUGAAUGGAGGCUGAUGUCUACGUGAGGCCACUCCCUGGGUCCUUAGGCCCUCAUGGUGGUGAUCUUUGACCCACCACACCUCAGCUCUGACAGACAGUCAGGAGAAUUUUGUUGUCUGCACUGAGCUGCUAAGGCCCUAAGGAGUACUGGGACCCAGAGUUCCAACCCCUUGGAGUGGCUGCUUCAGACCAGGAAGCACCGACUGUUACCGUCAAGGGAACCAUGGAUCAUACAGCUGACCUGCCAAGGCAGGAGAGACCCAGCCUUCGUCUGGAAAAGCUACAGCACUGGGCAAGACACAGGCAAAGUGGACAGCUACUGGCGGUGGCGGUGAGCCAGCUGUGGCUGGCGACAGCCAUGGUGCCCUUGACUGCCUUGGUUGCCUGCGUGAGAUCUGCCUGUCGUAUGGGCACAGCACUACCACUCUGGCCUGCAGCCUCGGGCUUCCUCACUGGGGUUAUCACCCUUGAGCUUCGGAGAGCACCUUGCAUCUGGAAGGUGCGGGCCAUGAUGAUAUCCAACACCUUCAACCUGAUCCUGGGCUUCAUCGUGGUGGUGACCGAGGUGACGAAGACAGCACUGGGGCCCGCUCCUACUGCCCCCUCCUCCCAGUUGACAGGGUUGCUGGUGCUCAAGGUCAGUGCAGAGGCCUUCGCCCUAGGAGGAGCGCUGGCCUCAACGUACGCCUUAUUCUUGCUGAGCCAGAGGAAGCCGGGAUGCUUGGCAAGGUCAAGCCUGCACUACCAGGAGCUACGGGAGGGUCUCUCUGAGGUAGAGGAGGUCUCUGGUUUGGAGAAUGGUCCCGUGGUGGCUAGCACAGGAAACUGAGUGGGCUGGGCAGGUGCCACCGUCCUGCACCAGGGCGGUCAUUCUCCAGACACUUCUGCGUUGUGCCCCUCCCUCGGACUAUAACUGAACUCCCCCAAGAUGUGCACGAGGCCCGGGGGAGUGCCCUCAGUUUCCCUGCAAACCAGGCCCAUGCCUCUUCCCCACUAGAGGAAGAUAAUGUCACCUCUCUUCUGGUCCUUCUCCCUGGCGUUCUGCGCCUUCUUCCUCCCUGCCUCUCCUCCAUCCAGCUUCACGUCUGCCUCGCCUGAUUUCGUCUGUUCACCUUUCACAACCCCAUCCCACUCCGAGCCCGGUUGCCACACACGCGCGCACACGCACACACGCCCCGCCGACCCAGAAUCCGCGUCGGUUGUGCUCCAGGUCUCCCUGGGAUCCGGGUCCUGCCUGAUUUCCCGGAGACUACAAAUCCCAGGAUGCCUCGCUACACCCCGCGACCUACUGGAAAAUAAAGAGCCUUCCCUCGG